GGUUUUAAUUUUCCACGAGGAAAUCAGAAUCAUUUGCCGACCAUAUCAAACCUGUAGUUAUUUUUUCUCUCUUUUUUUAUUUUCCUUUCUCUUUUGACCUAAUUAAAUUGAAAAUUCCCAUUUUUUUUCAGUUUUCCCCUUAAAGAUUCUCGUAGUAGCCCUUUAUAAAGAAGGGUUCCGUAGCACCAACAGUUCCAUUCGUCCUUGCAGCCAUACCACUAACGCCACACCAUCACUUUCCCUUCUGUUCCGCCGCCACCACCACCGUCACCCUUGAACAAGAAUUGAUUCUUGGGACGAAAAGAGACUUGUGUUUCUUAGGGUUGAUAUAUCAGGCAAGUUUUAAUGAAAAUCUUCUUGUAUAUUAACAAAAAUCAAGAAUAUGUCAAACAUACCCACUUCUCUCUCUGAAGUUUGCCUUACUCUUUUCCGUUUAGCCAUGUCCACCGCUGACCCAUGGCCCUUUUCUUAAAUCUUAUCAUAUCGUCCUUUUUGUAUAUUAGAUUUCACAAAAACUCGGAACAAAAAUAUCCACUUGCAUUUAAUAAACCGUUAUUUUACCAUAUAAUCAAAUCAUGAUGAAGUUCAAAGGCUUCAAGAUUGGAAAACGGCUGGUUCGGAUCUCCAGAUGGAUUUUCAGAAGGACCCGGAACAAUCCCAGAUACGACAGGCUAUGCUCAUCAGGACCAACAUGCAGGCUGAAGCCUCUCACGAAGCUUAUCAACUGGGGUCGCCGCUUGACAAAAGGCGCAAAAUCACUAUGCUCUGCAAAACCCGGGUCGGGUUAUACCCAUAUCGGCGAGGAGCCUAUCCAUGAAAAACCGGUGACAGUGCCUAAAGGACACUUGGCGGUUUAUGUGGGUCAAAAAGAUGGGGACUUUCAUAGAGUCUUGGUACCUGUAAUCUACUUUAAUCAUCCUCUAUUUGGCGAGUUAUUAAGGGAAGCGGAAAGAGAGUAUGGAUUCAAUCAACAAGGUGGGAUUACUAUUCCUUGCCGAUAUUCGGAGUUUGAGAGAGUCCAAACUCGAAUUGCGGCAGGGUCCGGUGUCCGUGCGCUGAUGCGGAGACGCAACCACUAUUAAAGUGGUCGGUUAUGAGAUGAUGACGAUGAAUGAUAGUUACGUGUAGAAUUUUUGAAUUAGAAUUAGAUGGUGUUUUGCUGUUCUUUUUCACUUUUACAGUCUUUUCCAUUUUACUAAUUAAGUAAUUAUAUGGUGCAAUGGAUUUUUUUAGUUGUAAAUUGAUAUUAGUUUUGUCAUCUA